GCGGGCCGGGCGGCCUCGCCUCACAGAGCGAAGGCGGGAGGGCGCGCGCCGGGGCCGCCUGCUCGCCUGCUCGCUCGCUCACUCGCUCCCUCCCUCCCUCCGCCGGUGGGUUAGUCAGUCAGUCAGUCCACCAGCAGCCGGCGGGCCCGCAAGCCGCAGAGGGCCCGAAUCUCGGCGCCGGCGCCUUCUCCUGCCAUUGUUCGUCGGGCGGCUGCAGCGGCGGGCUCAGGAGCCCGGGCCCCGGGGGCCACCGCAACAUCAUGACAACAGAGAAGAGUUUAGUGGCGGAAGCUGAAAAUUCACAGCACCAACAACAGAAGGAAGAAGGUGAGGGAGCCACAAAUUCAGGCCAACAAGAAACUCAGCUUGAGGAGGCUUCUCAGGAGGCAGCUGAGGGAGAUAAUCAGUGUGAGCAGAAGCUGAAAACAUCUAAUGGAGAUACUCCUACACAUGAAGACUUAACCAAGAACAAGGAGCGGACAUCAGAAAAUAGGGGCCUGUCACGGCUAUUCUCCUCAUUUCUCAAAAGGCCCAAGUCUCAGGUUUCUGAGGAAGAAGGCAAAGACGUAGAGCCAGCUAAAGAGAAAUGUGAAGGAGGUCAGAAAGAGAUAGAAUUUGGAACCAGUCUUGAUGAAGAGAUCAUUUUAAAAGCCCCAAUUGCAGCUCCUGAACCUGAACUCAAAACAGACCCAUCCUUGGAUCUUCAUUCAUUAAGCAGUGCAGAAACACAGCCCGCUCAGGAAGAACACAGAGAAGAUCCAGACUUUGAAACUAAGGAAGGAGGAGACCUUGAAGAGUGCUCUAAAAUAGAAGUAAAAGAAGAAAGUCCUGAGUCAAAAGCAGAAAGUGAAUUAAAAGCUUCCCAGAAAUCCAUCAGAAGACACAGAAACAUGCAUUGCAAGGUUUCUUUGUUGGAUGACACAGUUUAUGAAUGUGUUGUGGAUAAACAUGCAAAGGGGCAAGAUUUGCUUAAGCGAGUGUGUGAGCACCUCAAUCUUUUGGAAGAGGACUACUUUGGUCUAGCCAUUUGGGAUAAUGCAAACUCUAAGACAUGGCUGGAUUCUGCCAAAGAAAUAAAAAAGCAGGUUCGUGGUGUCCCCUGGAAUUUCACAUUUAAUGUAAAAUUUUAUCCACCUGACCCAGCACAGUUAACAGAAGAUAUAACAAGAUAUUAUUUAUGCCUUCAGCUUCGACAGGACAUAGUUGCAGGACAUCUGCCUUGUUCCUUUGCAACCUUAGCAUUAUUAGGUUCUUACACCAUCCAGUCUGAGUUGGGAGACUAUGACCCAGAACUUCACGGUGCCGAUUAUGUUAGUGAUUUUAAACUGGCCCCAAAUCAGACCAAGGAGCUUGAAGAGAAGGUCAUGGAACUCCAUAAGUCAUACAGGUCCAUGACUCCAGCUCAAGCUGAUCUGGAAUUUCUUGAGAAUGCCAAAAAGUUAUCUAUGUAUGGUGUUGACCUUCAUAAAGCAAAGGACUUGGAAGGAGUGGAUAUCAUCCUAGGUGUCUGCUCUAGUGGCCUUCUGGUUUAUAAAGAUAAGCUGAGAAUUAACCGCUUCCCUUGGCCCAAAGUGCUGAAGAUUUCUUACAAACGUAGCAGCUUUUUCAUCAAGAUCCGUCCUGGAGAGCAAGAACAGUAUGAGAGUACCAUUGGAUUCAAACUUCCCAGUUACCGAGCAGCUAAGAAAUUAUGGAAAGUCUGCGUAGAACAUCACACAUUUUUCAGAUUGACAUCUACAGACACCCUUCCUAAAAGCAAAUUUCUUGCACUGGGAUCCAAAUUUCGAUACAGCGGCCGGACUCAGGCGCAGACCAGGCAAGCUAGUGCCCUGAUUGACAGGCCUGCCCCACACUUUGAGCGUACAGCAAGCAAACGGGCAUCCCGAAGCCUUGAUGGGGCAGCAGCUGUUGAUUCAGACCGAAGUCCCCGGCCCACCUCUGCACCUGCCAUUGCUCAGAGUCAGGACACAGAGGUUUCUAAAGCACAGAAGGAAACAGUGAAGGUUGAAGAGCAAAAGGAAGAAGUGCCACCUGGGCAGGCUGAGCCGGAACCCACAGAAGCAUGGAAGGUGGAAAAAACCCACAUCGAGGUCACAGUACCCACCUCAAAUGGUGACCAAACACAGAAGCUUGCAGAAAAAACUGAAGAUCUGAUAAGAAUGAGGAAGAAAAAGAGAGAGAGACUAGAUGGUGAAAACAUUUAUAUCAGACAUAGCAAUUUAAUGUUGGAGGAUUUAGACAAAAGUCAAGAAGAGAUAAAAAAACAUCAUGCCAGCAUCAGUGAGCUGAAAAAGAACUUCAUGGAAUCUGUACCAGAACCACGGCCUAGUGAAUGGGAUAAACGCUUAUCCACUCACUCCCCAUUCCGAACACUUAACAUCAAUGGGCAGCUUCCUACAGGAGAAGGAGUGAAGAAAACCUCUGUCCUUCCCUCGGAAAGAAAGGUUGGUGGGCCAGAGUCCCCAAGCUACUUUCUCCCUGAUACAUAUCACUUAGGGGUGUGCAAAGAACCUGUGUCAAAAGUCCAAACUGAUCAGAGAAGGCUGGCCCAACUGAGAGAACUUAGAGCCAAAUUUUUCCUUUCAUAGAUAACAUCUCUUGACUAGAUGGCAGAGCACAGAAAUUGUUGGGGGAGGAAAAACUUCUCAAUUGGACAUUUGGAAAAGGCAACUUACCUUAAAAUGGUCAAAAACUCUGCUUAAUGUGAUGUAUAAACCUUCAUGAUGGUUGUUACUACUAUUAUUUUUAAUCAUGAUUCUGCAAGAGAGGGAGGACAUUUACAGUUGUUGAGAUUUGUGGGGGGGGGGUGUUGUUUGUUUUUGGUAGACCUUGGAGGCACAUACAAACUUUUAUACUUUUUUCUUUUGCAAUCUUUAAAAUGUAUGGGAUUAAGAUUUUUAUUCCCUUGACAAAAGCUAAUUGCUGUUGAACUGUUGCAGUUUUUUAAGUCUAUAUGAAGGGGAUAUGAGGAUAACUUUUUAUAUUCUGCCAUUCUGUUUGUAAUAAAACUAACUUUUCUCAUGGCGAGAAGAAUGCUUCAUUAUUGGCUUUACCCAAGUGAUCUAAGAAAAAUUGGCAGCACUAAAGCAAUGAAAAAUGACCAAUAUUCAUAUAUGAGUAUCCUUGAAGGAGGAAAAAUACUCUUGCUAAGGAAGUUGAGUAAUUGCUUGAACUUUCAAGACUUCUAAUGUUCAUUCAUUCAAAAAAUUAUCUGUUGAAUACCCGACUAUGUUAUAGAGACUUUGCUGGGACAAAUUGCCAAAGUAAAGUAAAAUAAAGAGAGUCCCAAAAGAUCUUCCCAAAUCCUUUGCACAUCCCCAAGUAUCAUUUUUGAGCAUUUUUCCAUCUGUCAUUUUGUUCAUCUUUCUCUGUCUUUCUUGAUCUUCUGCCGUGAAAGCAGACACAGCAACGUGCUCUGUUAGUGCAGGAUGAAGAGAAAAUUAAAAGGCAAGAGAGAUCUACUGAGAGAGCCUUGCCCCAGCAAGACAAUGAAGAAAUUCUUCCCAAGGUUUCUAUUCCAAUCCCUGAGGAUCACAAGUCUCUCAAAAAGUGCCACCUCUACUCUAGUACUUUAUCAUCUCCUCGUAUUCCUUUCAUGAUGUCUUUUCUCGUGAUUCUUGCGUUGGCUGUUUGGUGGUUGAUCUUUCUGUGAUCGGAAAACAGGGUGCUCAUCCGAAAUGUCAAGACUAAAACCAUUGAACUUUUGUCAUUUACUUCUACUGUGUUAUCUCCUGUAUGAUAUACCCUUUGAUCGUCAUAGUUCACUGUCCUAGGGGAGCUCUUUUUGAUCAUUUUUCUGUCAAUAAAAUGUUGCUCUUCGUAGAAUGUGUAUUGUGGGGUACAAAGGAGUAGCAAUGGAUUGCCCAAGCCAGCUUUUCCUCACUGAUGCUUAACAAGUUCAGAGAAAUCAGAUAUAAGUAUGUGACAGUCGGUACUUUCCCCCAAAAGGUUUAACUCUUCUGUCCUGCAUGUGUGUAUUGUUCACUGCUGUUAUGUCCUCUUCUCCACUGUUAACAAGCAAAGCAGGAUACUCAUAGAAAUAUUUGAUGGAAUAUUUCCUAAUCUUCUAUAGUCAUUUGUGUGGCAUGGGCUCUGUAGUUUAAAAAAAAAAAAUUCAACUUGUUAAUUUUUCAAAAGCCUUAAAAUGAUACAUUUUAAUCUAUGAAUCCAUAACCACUCCUUUUCUUGAGAUAUCAAACCAGUAUAUACAAAGGCCUUUUUUGGAAAAGGGCUUUGACUUCUGUGGCCUUCUUAUGUGUAUUUCUGAAAUGUACAGGGAAAAACAUCUUUAUCCUGCCUGGUCUAUAGAAGGGAUCUGCAAAGGUUAAAUGCCAGCUUUUCACAAGUAGAAUGUUGAAGGUUCAAGGAAAAUGGUGCUGUGCUGGUGCCCCUUAGCCUCCAGCCAGGGCUGAAUUUACAGACCACUGUACCCAUCUUUAAAAGUCCUAGAAUACAGAUUUAUUCAAGAUCUGUACAUAAAUAUACCCUUCUCUGAAUUAAUACUGUGUUAUUUCUUUAUGACUUAAGUAAUUAUAUUGCUAGAAGCAAUAUUUAGCCGUUAUCACAAGCUUAAAAAAUAUAUAUUGAUAUAUUCUGUUUUCCUGAUAGACUUCAGACCUGUUUACUCUUACAUUUGUGUUGAAAUCAAUUGUUUUUAAUUGAUGGCUUUGUGAGCUAAAGCUCUAUCGUGACAAGUAUGUGUCCCUCUGUUUGCAUGUUGAUUUUUAAGGCUUCGCUGAAGAAAAUAUGGGUGUGCUUUGUUUUCACAACACAACUCAGAUGUCUAACCUGUUAUUUUUUACCUCGGUAUUAAUGACAUCUUGCAUGCAGCUUACUUUUUAUGGCACUUGGAUGUACCAAUAUGGAUGCUUUGGUUAAUGUCUCAAAUAUUUGUUUUGAAAUCUGAGUUCAUGGGGUUAUCAAACUGAGAUUUUUGCACUUUGUUUUACUUCUCAACACUUUUAGUUGAUGAAACUUCUAAACAAGACCUUUUGUUUUUAAGAUGAUGGCUUCUUACAGCAAAAAAGAAAGAAAGAAGGAAAGAAAGAAAGAACACUAAUGCCAAGAAUCUUUUGUCCUUCAACACCCACCACAAUUCUAUUUUUCUCUGGAGACAUGUAGAAAUAAUUCUCUGGUAUUUCCUGAAAACUGCUCUUCUGUCAUCAUAGGCUUUCCCCCCAAAAUGGGAAAAGAAGUAAGGGCAGGUUGAAUUUUAAAUUCUUAUAUGGGUGUGUAUCUUUCACAUCACAGGCUAUGUCUGUGUAUAACAAAUAUUUUGUAACUAAGCAUAUUUCUUGAUUCACUCAUAAUAAGAAAAGAGAAACUUCAAUCAAUCUAACACAUUGCAAAGCUGUCCUCUGACACAGAAAGUGAUUAUCCUAAGUAGUCCCCUUUGUCUUUGAAGUAGAAAUGUAAGAGCUUUCCUUAUGAAAUAACAAAACUGUAACAUUGGUUAGAGUCUUCUAAAAUUUUUUCAGGAAACUGAAAAGGAAAUAAUCAGAAUUUAUUGUUACUUUAAUAAUGGCUUAUGAUUAUAUUUUCAGUUUUCAUCCUGGUACACAGCUUUUUAUUAACUAUUAUUGUAAACUUCACCUUGGAUUUUGUUUCCCUUUGUAUUAGAGUGAUUCCAAGUCCAUUAAAAGUCCAGCAUAAGUCAAUAAUAUUUUUCAGUGUUUUGAAGUGCAGCAUGAGUCCUCAGAAAUCCUUACUGAUGGUUAAAGGAGAGGCACUUUCUCUGAUUAAUGAGAUAAGAAUGGUUGAGAGGAGAAGUGCCAAACCUUUGUGUUGGAUUAAGCUGGUCAGUGCAGGUUCAAAAGAUAUACCCAUCACAGUUAACAGAGGAAAAAAUAGUAGACGUUAUAGCUUUGUAUUAACUACUGUUAAUACUGCUGAUAUUUGUAACAAAGCUGUAAAUAAUCUUAGUUUCUUUCUCAUAUCUCAUUCCAUUCUGAAUGCCAGAGACAGAUCCAAGUAACUGUGUAUUGGCUUUAUUCUGGUUCAGCUUCUUAAUGGCCAGUUGAUAAAUCAAAUCAAAACAAAACAAAACAAAAACCAAUUUGGACUAAAGGUAUCAAUACAGACCAGUAAAAAGUCUUAGGGUUUUUGCCUUGGUUUUGCUGUUAAUCAUUUCUAGGGUGAUUCUGAGAAGUUCACUUAACUACUUGGUGCCCAGAUUUCCACCUAGUAACAUGGACAAACCUACCUCAUGAGAAUGAAUCUGUAACGUUUUCCAGGAACCAGAAGUUCAGGUUGUUGUUGUUCAUUUCUUGGUCUUUUGGGGACUGGGGAAAUGAAAACUUAAAAAUCAACAGACAUUAAUUUCUUAGAAUUUUUUCAUAUGAAAGCAAGCAUUUAAAUAGUUGUGUUGAUUUCUGUCUACUUCUUACUGGUAUUUGACCAAGCACUUAAAACUACUGAAGGUAGAAAUGUCUUUCCAAAUUCAUCGUACUCUUAAACAAUUCAUCUUAUCCUUAUGGUAUUCUUACAGUGGACCAAACUUGAAAAUAAACCCAGCAUCAAUCUUUGGACCUAUCUUUUAGCCAUUUUCUUAUGCUAACACUUAGAAUAUGAAGGAGAUUCAGUUCAUGUGGAUCAAUUUUACAACUUGUUUACAUCUCUGGUAAAAGUUUUGGAGGGAGAAAAUGAUUCCAUUGACUAAUAUUAGACUGGGGAUUUUCUGUGGAUUAGGUUUCCAUUUGUCAUCCUAGAUCCUAGUACAUUUCUUUCUAGUAAAUGUUGUAAAAAUUUCUCUGAAUUUUCUGUGGCUAUAAGCAGAUUUACUGUCUCCUACAUUCCUGAGUUACUUCUAUAAUAUUUCCUACAGAUAAGCAUGGAGAAUAUACUAAGCAUAAGAGGUUUGGUUGUUUUUUUAAAUGGUAUUAGCAAGCAAAAUUUAUACUUGGGCUUUACCUAGUGAUCAUAUAUUUACAAAAGGAAGACAGAAAAUUCAAAAAUAGUAUGAGACACUUUUUCACAUUGUUGCUGUUUUGUUUUUUCCCCCCCAAAAGUAUUGAGUAUAGUAAAGGUAUAUAAACUUCUCUUCAGUUUCCAUCCCUUGUAUUCUUUACAGAAAUUAGAAAAUCCCAAACUUCUUUACAGCAUUCUCUACCACACUGAGAAAAAAAUGUUGCUUGUUUUCAUUGCACUCAAACUAAUCCUGUUGUUUGUAAUUUGGUACUAGAAAUGGAGAUGAGUCCUUGUUCUGUUCUCCCUUAUGCAUGGCAUGUGGGAUAACUGUAUUGGCCUCCUCCACAUUGUAGUGGAUAGUGGACCAAUGAGUCUGCUCUCAUUUCUGUUUCUGUUACCCCUCAUGCCUUAGGAUCUCCUUCUUUACUGCAGUAGAGCAUGAUACAAAGAAACAAACAAACAAAUAUUGGUAUGGACCUGGGAUUGGGCACUGGAAAUGGUUAAGAAGGCAUGGCUGUUAGAGGGAGGAAGCCAGAAGGCGAACAGGGAUGGGUAUGAUCAACAAUUAGAAAUUCAUGGAGUAUUCACUUCAUAAAUGAAAUUCUUAUCUUACUAACACUUGAGAGACAAAAAGAAGUAGCCUGUUACUCCCACAGAUCAGGAAUACAGGCUAAAAGCUAAAUAACUUCAAUCAUAGCCUAACUAAAUGUGUGGGUGACAGGUCAUUGAGGAAGUGUAUGCUUUAGAAAUGGUUUUCUAAUCUUAUGUGAUUGAUAUACAGAGAACAGCCUCCCACUUUAUAGUCAGAGUUCUGUUCACAGUAAAUAAUAGAGUAAAUCUAACAUUUCAAAGAUAAGAGGGCAGGAGAAGCAUCAGUCCCAACUAUCUCUUCAGAACUCUCCCCACCCAAGUCAUUAAAGGGUGCAGUUUAGUCUCUCAUUUUCUUCUCUACUAUUCUCUUUAAAGAAGAGUCUUCAUAUGUACACGAUCCUAGCUCAAUGAAACAUAGAGACUAAAACUUAAGUGGGAACCAUGGUUACUGCUAUGCAUUUAUUCAUUGCCCUCAUUAUGUAUCGCAGAUGCAAAGAGGCACCAUUAUCAGAAUUUUAGGGUUGGAUAAGCCCCAGAUCCAACUCUUCUCCAUUCCAAUGCUUGACUCUUCUGUACCGUAUCAUUUAGUGAUUUAAAACCAUUUAUGGACAAAGUGAUCUCUAGCCUCCCAAGAUACAGCAUACUACAUCUGGACAUCUCUGAUUUUUGCGUAUACAUCAUUCUUAUAUUAACUCAAAAUCUGUUUCCCUAUAGAUUUCAAUUCUUGGUCCUGAAUCGAAGCCUUCUGAAGAAUUUUCUAUCUUUCAUAUUAUUUCAUAUUGAAUUCACAUAGUUAAAUGUAACUCCCAUGUUGGAAUUAGUCAUCGUUCUUGCCCUCAGAUAACUUACCAUCUGAUAUCCAGAUCUGUCCCAAUCUUCCUUCUAACAUGUUAUCCUGCCUUUUUCUUUCUUUUUCUAGCUGUCCUGGUUUUAUCAGCUCAUUUUCUUUCUGGCUCCGUUGCCCAUCGGUUGCUUGCCAAUGGUUUAUUCAUCUUAUGUUCUUAUCCAUUCACUUGCCCUCUUUCUUAAAAAGAACAUCUUGAAAUUCCUGGAAAUCCCUGAGCUUCUUCAUAGAUGACAUAGGCACGUGGGAUUUUUUUUUUUCUUUCUUUCUUUUUUUUUUUUUUAGAUGAAAGGGAGGAGGUGGGAUAGUUUUGUAUCUUUGGAAACUUCUUGUAGACCAGAAUCUGUUAACAAAACAGAAUCACUAUUCUAUUUUGAAGGAGUAUACUGCCAGAGGCGGCAUUCUAGGUUUGCAUGCCUUCUCUGACUGACUAAUCUUUACAUACUUUAGCACCCCCAUGUGAUUUAAUUUAUAUCAUUGUGCUAUGGUAAACUUAUGGAAACUUACUUUCUGUGUAACAUUCUGAUGAUGGCUUAGAUCCCCAUCAAAAAAGUGGUAUUAAAAAUUUGAAAUGACGUUAAUCCAUCUCUUUUAGCUUGUACCUGUCUCCUCAAAACUGUGAGAUUCUCAAAGGUGAGAGUCUUUGUUUUAUGCAUCUUUGUUUGCCAAUCUAUCACCUUUGUAUCUCAGAUAUAUAACAAAUAUUUAAAAUUUGUUAAAUUGGAUUAAAUGAUUAGUCACAGAUGGUAAUGGAUAAACUCUAACUUUUCAUGUAGAAUCUCUUAUAUUGGGACACAGAUUUAUGCCAAAUUAAUCACCAUAAGCCUAAUCAGUAUAUGUGAGUAGCCCAAAAACUCAUAUAUGAGCCAGAAGCCACAGUCUCUCUUAUUAAUCCUGUAGCAUGGUCCGUGGUUUCUUUAAAGAAAUCUCCUGUAGUAGGUGUCAGUCUCUCUUGUUAAUAUCUUAUAAUUUGGUUCAGUUAAGAGCUCUUACCCAUUUAUCAAAGGUAACAGCCAGCUGUUUUCCCUAUGGAAGGUAUUACUGAGACCGGGUGCUUAUUUGUAUGUAUAAAUGCAUCUUGGAGUGUGACACCAUAAAGGGAAACUGAUAUUUGACAAUUUGUGUUUAUCAAAAUACAUUGCAGAGAAGAGUUUGAUCCUUUUUUCUUGGGUUUCACAUGGUAUGAAAACACCAAGUGUAUCAAACUCUUGUGAUAUCAAGGGUUUUGUAUAUCAGGUAGACCAGGAGUUGGCAAACUUUUUCUGUAAAGGUUCAGAUAAUAAAUAUUUUAGGCUUUACGGGCCAUAUAGUCACUGGCAUAACCACUCAACUUUGCCAUAGAGAACAAACAAAUGAAGAUGAACGUUUUCCAUCACUUUAUUUAUGGACACUGAAAUUUGAGUUUCAUGUAAUUUUUGUGGUCACUAAAUAUCAUUUUGUUUUCCAUACCGUUAAAAAAUGUAAAAUCGUUCCUAGCUCAUAGCAAUACAAAAAUAAGGAGUGGGCUGGAUUUGAACUGUUGGCUGUAGUUUGCUGACUGACCCCUGACACAGGUCUAGAGAACCAGAGAACCGAUAAAUUUACUCUUUCUGCCUUUGUACUGUUUGAAGAGCUGUAGAUGCUCUAGCAUCUUUAUUCAGUGUUGAAGUAUUUUCGGUCUUGUUUAUGACUAGAAAUGGAAAACAAAAUGCAAUGCAUUUUUUCUAUUUAUUUAGUAAUUGUGGUGCACCAGAACUGUAAUCUAACAUAUCUGUAACCAUCACAGCACCCCUGCCUUUGUCAGUUUUCCAGAUUGUUCAAUGUUAACUGUCCUCUUAAUAUAUUUAGCGAUGAAUUCAGCUAACCCCCUUGUUUGGUUUGGUUUCCAAGGGUCUGCUUUCAUUUUCCCCUAAGGAAUAAAGAAACAAUUCCCAAAUUCAUUUUCUCUUUAGUUUUUAGAGGUAUCUAACAAACGUGGUAAAGAACGUGAAAUGAUUUUUUACUCUGAAGUUUUGGUACACCUCAGUGUUUCAAACAGUUGUAUAAAUUUAAGGUUGGGAAUCUAAGGAAAACAUUUUAGAAGGGUUCCUUGUUCUAAAUAAAGAGAUUUCCCUAAGAGGAUUCCCCCCCGAUUUGGGGCCUAUGAGGACAGUAUUGACCAAUAAGUCAGAAUAAAAUGAAUUUAUAUCCUUUCGGGAGUGUCUUUGCUUCCUGGUUGACCUGGUCAUGAUUGUGUUCUGAAGAAGUUCUUGGUCUAUGUUUAGCUUUGGGAGGUGCUUUCUAAUAAAUCCGUAAAUUUACGUUCCUUUCCAUUCUCUGGGCCAGGAUGCUUUAGCUCUGAUACUAGGCUGAAUAAAUUGUUUAUCCCUUAGCAGUUCAGCAAGAUAUUUAAGCCUAAAGAAAUCUGCUAAGAACUUCUCUUUUGGAACGUUUUCUUUGAUAUUUUUCUCACGUUAUUUGCUGUUAAUAUGUAAAUUUAUCAUGAAUAAAUCUUAUUGAAAAUCUGA